CGCAAGCGCAAACAUGAUUUGUAGUAGCACACAUUUCUGUAGUUGGGGAAAGUUAUUAAACGUCGUUGCCUUGUGAAUAUUUGCAAUUGUAGUUGGCGUAUUCUAGGUGGCGUAGCUACAUAACAUAGCUUCCAAUGUACUAACCUGUUCAACAAACGAAUUACCCCAAGAGAAAGAUGGCGUGGGUAUGAUCUGCAGGGCCCGUGAAAGGCUGUGGCGGCCCCCCCAGUAGCUGUCACCACGGCGGGGGACACCAGGACCUCCGUCUGCAGGGUGGUCAUCUACCUCCAGAGGGACAUGUCCGGGGACAGCUGCCAGCUCCCCCUGCACCGGCUGCUCCUCCACCCUCAGACCCAGGCCAUCUCCACUGGCUCCCAAGCCAUUAGACCUCCCCAUGAAGCCUCCCAGAUGGCGUGUCCCAAGACCAAGACGUGCAGCUACAGAGCGGCGGUGGGCCUGGGUAACAAGUACGUGCGUCUGAACGUAGGGGGGACCCUGUUCUACACCACGCUGCAGGUGCUCACCAGGCAGGACUCCGUGCUGAAGGCCAUGUUCAGUGGCAGGAAGGAGGUCUUCAUUGACAGAGAGGGCUGGAUCCUGAUAGAUCGUAGUGGGAAGCACUUUGGCUCCAUCCUGACGUACCUGCGGGAGGAAGCGGUCACCUUGCCCCCUGGCAGGCAGGGGGUUCUGGAGCUGCUGGCAGAGGCCAAGUAUUACCUGAUCCAGGGUCUGAUGGAGCUGUGCCAGGGAGGCCUGCAGGACCAGAAGGAGCAGUCUCUGUGUGUAAUCCCUGUGGUCACCUCUGCCAAGGAGGAGGAGAGACUGAUCCAGGCCUGCACCAAGCCUGUAGUGAAGCUGCUGUACAACAGAAGCAACAACAAGUACUCCUAUACCAGUAACUCAGACGACAACCUGUUGAAGAAUAUUGAGCUGUUUGACAAGCUGUCUCUGAGCUACAAUGGCCGUGUUCUCUUCAUCAAGGACGUGAUCGGCGACGAGAUCUGCUGCUGGUCGUUCUACGGACAGGGACGCAAGCUGGCGGAGGUCUGCUGCACAUCCAUAGUCUACGCCACAGAGAAAAAACAGACCAAGGUGGAGUUCCCAGAGGCCAGGAUCUACGAGGAGACCCUGAACGCUCUGCUCUACGAGACACUUCCUGUCCCUGACGACACCUUAUUGGAGGCCACACGCCGUCGCCACGCCCACUGUGGUUCCCACAGCGAGGAGGAGGAAGGCCCCACCCACUCGGGGGUGGACCUUAGGGAGCGCGUACGCCGCAUCCACGUCAAGAGGUACAGCGCCUACGACGACCGGCCGCUGGGACACUAAGGGCUCCCCGUCUCACCGUCAGUCACAUCUCAAUGAGGGCCUCAUAAUGGUCAGAUGAUUCAUCAACCCUAUCAUAUCCUUCCUGCUACGGUCCUUGGUGAGAGGGAGUGAUGGCUCUGCUACAGUCCUUGGUGAGAGGGAGUGAUGGCUCUGCUACAGUCCUUGGUGAGAGGGAGUGAUGGCUCUGCUACAGUCCUUGGUGAGAGGGAGUGAUGGCUCUGCUACAGUCCUUGGUGAGAGGGAGUGAUGGCUUCCAAAUGCCACCCUAUUCCUCAUCCUAUGCACAGGCUCUGGUCAGAAGUAGGGAAAAGGGUGCCAUCUAAACACAGAGGAGGAAACUGGCUCUCCGCUGGCUCGUUCACUCAUUCACUACAUCCACCACUGAGGCACUGUUGUUGGUGGGCCCAAAAUGGCCAUUGGGCACAAAAUGGCUGCCAUGCUGCAUCACCCUGGUGCCUGACAGACUUUGUCAAUGGACAACUGGUGAUUUUAAAACGUUGAGAUGCUUAUGCUAUUUCUCCUUUUUUAAAAUGUUAUAUAGAACUCUCUUCACAACACAAUCGAAUCCGUGUUCAAACAAUCAAAAUUGCGAACGUAUUAAUGUUAUACCUCGGUCCAUAAUAGAACAGUUAAGAUAUAUUUUCCAACAUGAGCUUUAUUCAGAUAAUGUAGUCGGAUAAUAUAGGCUUUAUUCAGAUAAUGUAGUCGGAUAAUAUAGGCUUUAUUCAGAUAAUGUAGUCGGAUAAUAUAGGCUGCAUUCUAUUUCCUGUAUAGUGCACUACUUUUGACCAGGUCCCAACAGUAGUACCACAGUAUGGGUAAAUACAGGCGAAUAUAUUUA